UACUAUAUAAAGAUAAGAGGGACUCCACAACUUUAUUUCGAACAACCACCUAACAAGCAUGAAUGCGGAAGAAUUUCGUAAAUAUGGACGACAAAUGGUUGACUAUAUCGCUGACUACUUAGAAAAUAUCCGCGAACGUGAGGUAGUACACAAAGUCACCCCGGGUUACUUAAAGAAACUGCUUCCAAACGAGGCUCCAGAAAACCCAGAAGACUUUGCAGAAGUGUUCAAAGAUAUUGACAAAUUCAUAAUGCCUGGGGUUACACAUUGGCACAGUCCGUACUUCCAUGGGUAUUUUGCUGCUGGGAACACAUAUCCCUCCAUUUUAGGAGAUAUGCUUUCAGAUGCCAUUGGUUGUAUUGGAUUUUCUUGGGCCACUAGUCCAGCGUGUACAGAACUAGAAGUAAUCACCACGGAUUGGUUAGGGAAGAUGCUCGCCCUGCCAGAGGAAUUUCUACACUGCGGCCCAGGCAAUGGCGGUGGUGUCAUACAGUCAACAGCCAGCGAGACGGUUUUCCUCUGUCUACUUGCAGCCAGAAAUAAAAUUGUUGAUAAAGUAAAGAAAGAGAGUCCUGAUAUUGAGGAGAAGGACAUACUGAGCAAACUGGUUGGUUAUAGUACUGAUCAGGCAAAUUCUUCAGUUCAUCGUGCAGCCCUAUUGGGCGCUGUGAGAAUGCACAAACUGAACAGUGAUGCAAACUUUAGCCUUCGAGGAGAAACAUUGACAGAAGCCAUUGAAAAAGACAAAAAAGAAGGACUGAUCCCAUUCUUUCUGUGUGCGUCGCUUGGUACAACGGGGACGUGCGCGUUUGAUAACAUAGAGGAACUGGGACCAAUAUGUGAGGCAGAAAAUAUAUGGAUGCAUAUUGACGCAGCUUAUGCCGGCAGUGCUUUUGUUUGUCCAGAAUACCGAAAAUACAUGAAAGGCAUACAGUAUGCAGAAACCUUUAGUGUAAACCCACACAAAUGGAUGCUUGUCAACUUUGAUUUAUCCGUAAUGUGGAUCAAGAACAGUUCGUAUUUGGUAGAUGCUUUCAAUGUGGACCCUAUCUAUCUGCGUCACACCAAUGAAGGAAAAGUCCCGGAUUACAGGCAUUGGCAGAUCCCGCUUGGAAGACGUUUCCGGUCUCUGAAGCUGUGGUUUAUGUUGCGGUCGUAUGGUGUUAGCGGUGUUCAAAACUAUAUCAGAAAGCAUUGUCAAUUGGCAAAGGAUUUCGAAAAACUCAUCCUGGACGAUGGUCGAUUCGAGAUAACUUCCGAAACAGUAAUGGGCCUGGUUUGUUUCAGACUUAAGAAGGGAAAUAAACUCACAGAGAAACUUCUUAGCGAAAUUUUGGAGGACGGGAAAAUUUACAUGAUCCCAGCCUUUAGUAGAGGUACAUACUUCCUCCGCCUCGCAGUUGUGGCAGAAAGAACCACAACAGAUGACAUUCAAUAUUCAUAUGACGUCAUCAGAAGAUGCGCUGACAAGGUACUCAGUUCUUCAGUGGAUUCGGAAGCAGACGAGCCCGUGGUUGUAGAUAUCGAUUUACCGAGAAAAAAGUCCAGUGUGAAUGGUGACAAUAGGGAUACAGUCCGUGUCAACGGGCAUGAUAAAUGAAUUUGUAUAAAUCUAAUCACUUGAAUUGUGUUAUCAUCAAAUUCACGCAUUGAUCGUAUCUACUGACAAUGGAAUGGUGCGACAAACAAAGGCUAAUCGGAAAAUAUAUUUAUGGUGUAAUUUUGAUGGUUUAGUGUAUAUUUACUUUGUGGCAGACAACAAAACUGUCAAAAUGAUAAUUUAUUCCAUUGGGAUAGAUUAUGAAUGCAAUAAAGCGAUAGCAUUUAAUGUCUGAGAAAAAUCC